GAGAGAGAGAGAGAGGGAGAGAGAGAGAGAGAGAGAGGCUGUGGUGCAGAGGUUCAUUCAGUGAGGAAGGGCUCCAUCUCAGCUGUAUUUUGUGGUGUUCUUCAUGCUGCAGGGAAUAUGAAACUGUGAAUAUAUUACAGGCUUCCUUGCGGUAAAUUGAGUGCGUGUUGUGUUGCAGUUGGGGCUGCUGUUGUGCUCCUCCUCUGGAAACAGCUGGCUGAGCAACAGACGCGUGCUGAGAUCUGAAGGAGAAGCAGCUCGUGUGGACGAGGGGAACGGAAGGCACACGGCGUAGGGAUGCAAAGUGAAGGUUGUGCUCCUGGGAUGUGGUUUUUUGUCCCACUCUGAUUUUUUGCGAGCGAGAGAGCUGGAUGCUUCAGGUUUGAGUCCGUAGCUGAUCGAGGGAGGGAAGAGUCAAGCAAGAAUAUAACGUGUGAAAGAAGAAGUUGACGGUGGACAUCUACAGGAUGAUCUUGGGAAGUGUAAACCGACCGGGGCCGGUCCCUGCCUUCCUCAGGAGCCCCUCUAUCAUCCCGACCCCGCUAGACAUGAAGCCCUUCCUCCAGUUCCCCCUGGAGUCGCCUCACCGGGCCGGCAUGGGCCUCUUCCACAACUUUAAUACAAUGGACCCUGUCCAGAAAGCUGUGAUGACGCACACCUUUGGGCCGCCUAUGGUGAAGACAAAGCGACCAAUCAUCUCUUGUAACGUCUGUCAAAUACGCUUCAACUCAGAGAGCCAGGCUGAGGCCCACUACAAGGGGAACCGCCACGCUCGGAGGGUGAAGGGGAUCGAGACAUCCAAAACAGCUCGUCUCCACGAGGGUGACAAGCAGCACCCUCCCCCUGCUGCUUCGCCUUCCCCAUCAGGCCCCUCGCCAUCCAGCCCUCAGACUGAUCCUAAUAAGCAGGAUGACCCCCAAUCCUGCGCUAACUCUAACAAGUCACCUUUGACCCCCACACUGAGCUCAGACGCAGAAUGUCCCUUCUUCACUUCUGUCAGCACACCUUUGCCAUCCUCUCCCUCUGCAACCGGGGCCCUCAGCACCCACCCUGCAGAUCCGGCAGCGGCUGGUCUUCCUGAGACCCCGUCCCCAGCACCCAGCCCUUCUUCUGGAGAAUCAGAGGAAGAGAAAUCAAAGAAGCUUCUCUACUGUUCCCUGUGCAAAGUGGCUGUGAACUCCCGCUCACAACUGGAGGCACAUAACAAAGGUACCAAACACAAAACCAUUCUGGAGGCUCGUAGUGGACUGGGACCCAUCAAAGCGUACCCACGUCUCGGUCCCAAACUCAGCCCGGAGCAGGGGGGGGAGCUGUCUUCCGACCCCAACGCUCAGGAACGCACCUUCCAUUGUGAGAUCUGCAACGUCAGAGUCAACUCGGAGCUGCAGCUCAAACAGCACAUAUCUAGCCGGAGGCAUCGAGAUGGAGUCGCCGGGAAACCAAAUCCUCUUCUGAGUCGGCACAAGAAGCGCACAGAUUUUAUGGAACUUCCCAAAAAUUUGGGGGCUGGACUUUUACCAAAUCCCUUGGCCGUCGCCGCAGCAAUGGCCGCCGCGGCAUCCUCCAAUCACCUGGCACUACGUUCUCCUUGCCCGACCUCCCAUCACCACCACCACCUCCUACAGGGAACACCUCUCAGCCUGCUGAGACCCGCCCCCGGUCCCAUUCGCACCACGCACGGGCCAAUCCUCUUCACUCCUUAUUGACGAUGAGGGAACGAGGACGAAUCAGGAAGAAGCACACUGUGAAGUGGAGGCCUGCAACCAUGUGCCAUCAAGAGCCGAAUCAGCUGUUGUGGCUCCAUCUGCUGUUUCAUUAUAGCGUAAUAAAAAGAUAUGACUCUUCAUGGCGCAUAUUGUGGUUGCAGACCACUACUGCUACGUUAACAGGGAGAAGCAGAGAUAACGAAUCUCAGACAUUUCAAAGACACUUUGUUUGCAUCCUUCACAGUUUCCAACUGGCUCACUCACUCCAACCCUACCUCUCUUAUGUUUUAAGUGUUCCCCUCUGCAAGGAUUUAUUUUACAUCCAAACCCUCAAUGUAAUCAAAAACACACCCGCUGGGUUAGAUGUAGCAGUUGCCUCUGAUGUUAGCUGAUACCAUAAUGUAGCUGUCACUGUACGGUGGAUUAUACCACUGUAAUGUUUUGUUUUUGAGGCCUUUGAAGAGAAAAGGUACCAGCAAUUUCCGCAGCAUUUUAACACAGGUCAACAUUUUUCUGUACUAUGUGUACAUUUUCACAGUUGGCCUUUUGUUGAAAGAAUGAAACAGGAAGUUAAAGAGGAACAACAAAAGGGAAUGAACUACAUCCAAGUCUUAAAACCGCUUUAGGUAUGUGUCAACCAACAACAGUCAACAAAAGGUUAUAGUAACUGGUGCAUUAUGCAAGUAUCAGCGUUUACUUGGUUUGUGUGAAAUACAGUAAUGGGAGAGAAAAUAAGAAUAGAAUGAGAGAACCCAAGGUGUCUUUUAGUGAAGGUCAAGAUAAAACUGUGUCCAAUUAAACAGUUCCCCUGAUGAUUGGCCAGAUUCUCCCUGAAUGGCCACUGAUAAUACUGUGCGUUAAAUCCCACAAAGCACACAGGUGUGUAGUGAAAGGUCUCCAUCUAAAUGGGUCAUCUAUUAUUUUUUCUAUAGUUUUGAUCUGCACCUCAUUGCACAACACAGAAAGGUCUCAGUGUCUGAAUGAAAUAAUUUCCAUACAGUGAGCAAAGCGGUAAAAAUAUUUACAGAUGACUUAGCAGGUCUUUGCAUUAUCUGCACACAUCAUUUUACAGACAUCACAAUCCCAUACGAGUACUGUGCCGGACAUUGAGAUGUUAGACACCAGCAAUAUGUCACAGAAGGAAGAGGACCACAUAUACACAGAUGUAAGCAAAAAAAAACCAAACACAAAAUGGUAGUAAUCUAGGCUUGUGGUGAGAAAAAAAUAUUUAGUUUGUCUGCUCUGCCUUGUGUACUCCGAACCUACGUCACCCCAAACUUUCCCCGUAAAAACUGUCAUAAUGGAUAGUGAAACAUUAGGGGGCGCUUUAGGAAAGGAAAACUAGCAAUACUUUGAGCACUCCUGCUGACUUUUCUUGUUAACUGCAAUAAAAACAAAAUGUCUACAAAUGUAUUAAUUGUUAUGUAGGAGAAGUGUAUUGAAACAUUACUGUAAAUUUAUUUAAAAAGUGAGAAAAUGUCCAUGUUGGGGCUUCCUAAUUGUUAACUUAAAACUAAAUCAUAUAUAACAUCAUUAAACUGAGUUCAUGCUUUCAA